UUUUGUUCAUGAAGCGGACAUCAGAACUAAUCAUUCAUUGCCCAAAACGCUAAAGGGAUUUUGUCUAGUGUGAUAUAGAGAUGGCUACAACGACGUCGGAACCGGUCAACCUUUCAACAACCAUACAUUUUCAGGGUUAUGGAAACAAGACGACAAACAAUCGUUUUGAACAGCCGGGUUGGCAAGUGGCAUUGUGGGCAAUUGCUUAUUCACUGAUAGUGAUUGUGUCCGUCACAGGAAAUGUCACUGUAAUUUGGAUAAUUUUGGCCCACAAAAGAAUGAGGACAGUGACUAACUAUUUUAUAGUAAAUCUUGCAUUCUCGGACUUGUCAAUGGCUACUUUCAACACUGUCUUCAAUUUUGUUUAUGCUACACACAGCAACUGGUACUUCGGGUUGGGAUACUGUAGGUUUCAGAACUUCUAUCCCAUCACAGCAAUGUGCUCAAGCGUUUAUUCUAUGGCAGCUAUUGCGGUUGACCGAUACAUGGCCAUAAUCUACCCUUUGAAACUAAGGCUAUCCUCCACGUCUACCAAGAUUGUGAUUGGUGUCAUCUGGGCGGUGGCAUUCUCCCUGGCAUUCCCCCAGUGUUACUACUCUGUCACCGAGUACUAUCCACCACGGACUCUCUGUUUCGUCAACUGGCCUGAUGACUAUGGUGGGAAACACCAUCUCACAUACCAGAUAUCUUUGAUCAUACUGAUCUACCUGCUCCCCCUGCUGGUGAUGUUGGUCACCUACAGCGUUAUUGGCCAGACACUGUGGGGCAGUGAGAUACCGGGGGAGGCCUCAGACCACUUCCAGAACCAGAUCCAGGCCAAACACAAGGUGGUGAAGAUGAUGAUAGUGGUGGUGACGACCUUUGCCCUGUGCUGGCUGCCCUACCACAUCUACUUCAUCCUGGGCAGCUUCAACAUUGAGAUCUACAUGCAGACGUACAUCCAGCAGAUCUACCUGGCCAUAUUCUGGCUGGCCAUGAGUUCCACCAUGUACAACCCCAUCAUCUACUGCUGCCUCAACCAAAGGUUUCGCUCGGGGUUCCGUCACGCUUUCAGCUGGGUCCCUUUCAUCAAGGUGUCAGAGGAGGACAAGAUGGAGCUACAGCACACACGGACCUUCAGGAUGACCCGUAGCUAUCGCACUGACAACACCAACAGCACUGUGGUCCACCACAACUCCACCUAACAAGAUGACCACACCCCAGUCAAGCUCAUGAAAAGCUGAGGACAUGAGGACAUGCUAAAGCUCAUGAGCUCAGCUGCUAGGAGAAGUGAAACAAAUCAUGUUAUUAUUGUGCACAGUCCAUCAGUCAGUCGCACCAAACACCUUUAUCGUCACACACACACCAGAUAGGUGCUGUGAAAUGUGUUAUUUUACAGGGUCAGACAAAGAAGUACGGCCCCCUGGAGCAAAUUGAGGAUAAGUGCCUUUGCUCAAGGGCAGGUUUCAUUUACUGGCCCAACACUCUAACCACUAGGCUACCUGCUGCCCUAAUGGGAAGGAAGAAUAGGAAAGGGAACUCCCAUGGUAUAAGCACCAAGCCUUAUCUGUUGCAGUAUUAAGGUAGUGUUAUUAUUUGUGUUGUUUUAGUGUAAUAUUGGGUUUUGUUGUGUGUCACCUGACUUUGUAGACCAUAUUGUGAAAUGUGCAAGUGAACCCAGGUUAUUAUUCCAAUAACAGCACAGGCAGACAAUGAGCACUUGCAGAGCAACAUAGGACAAGAAACACGUAGCAGACAGACAGAGCAACAUAGGACAAGAAACACGUAGCAGACAGACAGAGCAACAUAGGACAAGCAUCACGUAGCAGACAGACAG